AACUACAGUAAAACACGACAGUUCUCAUCGAUGUACGGUAACGUAAGUGUGACGGGUGAGGUAAACAUGUGCAGUGUCCGGUAGCCGAAAAACUAAACCCUCUGAUGGAGAACUACAGUAAGGCUCGGACGGUGGAGCAGCCGUCUGUCUGUCCUUUCCCCGGCCUCCCCCCCGACACGCCGGAGGUCCGCGUCAAAGACGGCAGCAAGAUCCGCAACCUGCUGCGCUACGCCCUGAGCCGCAUGGAGGCCAAACCGCGAGCCGCUGAGGAGGAGGAGGGGCGACCCCCGCCCGGGGAGGGAGGCGGGGCCGAGGAGGGGCGACAGGAGGCAGCGGGCCGCCCGCUCUGCAGACAGGUGGUCUUCACAGCGAGCGGGAAGGGCGUCUCCAAGGCCAUCACCUGCGCUGAGAUCGUGAAGCGGCGCGUGAAGGGGCUCCACCAGCUCACCAGGCUGCUGUACAGCACCGUGGUGGAGGUGUGGGAGCCGCUGGAGCCCGCCGCCGGCCUCGACAGCCUGACGGUCAGCAGGAACCUGCCCGCCAUCUGGAUCCUCCUCUCCAGAGAGCCGCUGGACCGCAGCCAGCCCGGAUACCAGGCGCCGGGGCGAUACGACGCCCUGUGGGCUCAGUCCACCAACAAGGAGGAGGGUGGAGGGUUCACUGGACAGAGAGCAGGACACAGGAGGAAGAGAGGAGGAGGAGGAGGAGGAGGAGGCAGCAGAGGAAAGGGACCCGGCCGUCAGAGUGGACGGACCAGAGAAGCAGCUAAAUGACAGAGUUGGUUUUGAGACUGAAACCCUGCAGAGUGAAGGACAGGAGCUGAACACAGUCACUUAGAACAAGACUGAUUCCGUUUCUUUAAUGAAAAUCAACCUAAAGAGAAUCAGUGACACAGAGAUGAUCGAUCACUGUCAGUUUACGUUUUUAUUUCAGUUUCAUCAUAUUUCUUCUUCACUUCAGGCUCCAUGUUCCUGCCUGUUCAGGAGCUUUUGACUGGAUCACACAGUCUUCAUCAGCCUGAUGUUUCAGCUUCAAUGUCAGAUUAUUUUUUCAGAGUCUGAGGAAAGAAAGUGAUGGAUCAUCUACAGGCUAAAACUGACUGUUGAACUAAUGAACCAGUUUAAACUCUCAUCAGACAGAAAGUAAAGCUCCUGUCAGUUUGUCUUUUCUUGCUGUGGAAAACCUUGAUGAAACAACAUUUCCUGUAGUUUUCUGUUGAUGUGCUUGUACGAUGGAAACAGGCUCUGAAAAUGAAUGUUUUUCAAAAAGCAGCUGAUUAAAGAGGUUUUAUUAGUUUAACCCUGAAA